AUGACGGAUGUUUGUGUGCAAGCCCGCAGAGUUGCCAAUAACCAACGAAGUCGUGUACGAGGGCCCAAGAAGCCGUUAUCUAAAUACUCCACAUCUUCACCGCCUCCUCCUCCUCCACCGCCACCGCCAUCAUUUUGGUCUCCCUUCAAGACCAAUCCCCUCUCCCCUCCUACUGCCACCAAUUCCUCCUCAACCAGCACUGAGAAUACUGGCUCAAAUCUGCUUCUUGGGUCCACCACGAGCGGCAGUGGGAGUCCGCUUUGA